AUAUAUAAUGAUUAUAGUUUAUUUUAAAAACUGUCUUGAAUUUCAUUUUAUGAUUUCAAGUUAUGUAUUGUGAUAAGGACACACUGGCACAUCCAAAGAAAUAAGAUUCAAAAUCGAAGCAAAAGACAAAACAAACAACAAUAUCAAGACCCGGAAAACCUUUAGGCGUCUAGUUUUUAAUCACAUUGAUUAGCAUUAUCAAAUCAUCUCUUCAUCGUCAACUAACGGAGUAACUACUGGCUAUUUGCUGCCCAUUUAAAAUUGCGUUUGAACGUAAAUCGUAGAUUACAUGUACAAAAAUAAACAAAAAACUUGCCGUUGAUACCGUAAAUGAAAAGCCACAUAGUAAAACACCACAAAUCAGUUUGAAUCGCUCAGUUGACCGUGCCAGCCGAGAACUUUUAGGCAAUUUUUUUUUUAUUUGCAGUGAAUUUUCUAGAAAAAAAAUUGAGUAAAUCGGUGAAAAGUGAAAAUUUCCAUUCGAAAUGGAACUAUUGCGAUCACUUCUAUUCCUGAGUGUUUUGACCGUGGCAUUGUGUUCACAUGGUUCGAACAACCGGAGAAAUCAUUUUGUAUCAACAUCGACCGAGCGAAGUGUGGUUGAUACUGAUUCAGACGAUGAAAGUUCCGAAUUUGAGAACACAACAAUGCCCGACGGUUUUUCGUUAUCAAAUCGAAUUUUCGGAGGUUCUGAAGCAACCAUUGAUAUGGUCCCGUGGCAAGUAUCUUUACGCUUAAACUCGAAACAUUACUGUGGCGGCGCAAUCAUUGCAUCACAAUGGAUUCUCACUGCGGCCCAUUGUACACCUCGAAAAAGUUCAAGAGGUUAUACAAUCCGUGCUGGUUCAUCGAAUAAAGAGAUCAACGGUUUAAUAUUUCGAAUUCAACGAUUUUAUCGACAUCACAAUUACCGAACUGAAACGUUAGACUAUGACUUUUCGCUAGUCAAACUCACGCAACCAUUGCAAUUUUCCGAUGAGAUUAAGGCGAUUGCAUUGCCGAAUGCCAACACACGUAUUCCGGAUGGGACAAUGUGCGUCGUUUCUGGAUGGGGUGCAACACAAAACAGAAAUGAAUCUGAAGAUGAUCUACGCAUGAUUGAAAUCCCAAUCACAAGUCAAAAUCAAUGCAAACGACGAUAUUCCAACACAAUAACUAGUCGAAUGAUUUGUGCGGGCUUAUUAGAAGGCGGCAAAGAUGCGUGUUUCGGAGAUUCAGGUGGCCCAUUGGCGUGCGACAUAAAUGGUUGGUUUUAG